AUGGGCGACUCCGGCGGACCCCACCACCACCGCCCUUCGCCGCCGCCGCUGUCGGACGCCGGCAAGCGACGGCGCCUCCCCAACGUCCGCCUCGCCGGCUCCGUCCCGCUCCCUUCCCACCUGCCCCACCCGCGCCGCGUCCCCAUCGUCCCCGCCACCAGGUCCCGCAAACCCCUCCACCUUCAGCACAACAGCAACCACCAUGACCACCCCUCCGCGGAGCCACCCCAAACCCUCCUAAAACCCUUCGCCGACAGCAGCGACGAAGUCGUCCUGGCCGCCGCCUUCCCCCGCAAGGCCAGGAGGGCCCCAAAGUCCACGGCAGCGGAGGCAAACGGAGGGGCGGAGGAUUCGGAGACGGGGACGGAGAUGGAGGAGCAGGAGGAAGCGGGGGAGGAAGUGGUGGACGUGCCGAGCUGGCUGUGGGGGAUGGGGAUGGGGCGCUACGCGGCGGCGUUCGAGGCGCACGAGGUGGAUGCUGAGGUGCUCCCCUGGCUCACUAUGGACGACCUCCGGGACAUGGGCAUUGGUGCCGUCGGAGCACGCCGCAAGCUCUUCUGUGCCAUCCAGAGGCUCACUUCGCAGCCGCCGCCACGGAGGUGA